AUGCUACCUAUGGCCGCUGCGAUUUCUGCAAAUCCACCCGGUGUGAGCAGACCACAGUUAGAUGCGGGCUGGACACAUUUCAAUCGAUAUCAAGAAUUUUCUAAUUAUGGAUCUGUCAACUCUGGUCCCCCAAAUACUCUCUAUGGUUCGUCGAACUUGUUGGUUGGUCAGACUACCUAUCCCAACAUGUAUCAACAAAGUUUAUCUCAGGCUUAUCAUAAUUAUCAACAGCAGCAGCAACAGCAACAACAACAACAACAACAGGAUCAACAAGAUCCCUACAGGGGUGGCACUUCUUGUGCAAGACAGUUUUGCUCAGAGAUUCAGGCGAAGCUUCCAGCUGAACGAAGCGAACCGGUAUUUGACCGUUCGUCGGAUUUGGGAAAACGGGAUCUUGAGGAACAUCAUAAUAUCGAUGCGAACAAUCAGGCCCGAUUAGAGUUGCUAAAUUUGUCCAGAUUUGAAUCUGACCAAAACGCUAUACGUCUGAACGCACGAGGUGACAAUGAUCGGGUCGAUGGCCGGUGGGUUGCACGGAAGCUGAGUAAGGGAAACUAUAUACAACGCGAGGCUUCACACGGUGGUGUUGGUCAAUCAGCACGUGGGACAAAUAGUCCGGAACACAAAACUACAAGACAAAGACGACUGAUGAAGGAAAGUGAAAAAGCAGCAACGCCUGACUAUGAUGGCAUGCUGCGAGCCGAGGGAGUUCAACAGGAUAACUCUGAGCAAAAACGUUCUGAAGUUCUAUUUCCAGCGAAAUCAGCCGAUUUUUCAAGCACUACUCAGGCGGCUCCACAGUCCGUUAAACAAAGCCCAGAUAAAGCGAAAUCUUCGUACAGUAUCUCUCAUUAUCAGAUUCCGCCUUCUACUCCACCUUCCUCAACCUCACAGCCAUUUCGACUGUCUUCACAAAGUAGCUGCCAAUUUUCCAGUAACCUAUUCCCACAGUAUGAGCAAACCCAUCAUCCAAAAGGAGGUAACUCGAAUGGCUCGGAUGCACUCAAUUCUACAUUCCCCCCUUCGCUUCCAGGAAUACCUCCCAAUCACAACUCCGAGUCGUACCGCUCUGAGGAACAGUUUUACUCGUUACUGACAAACGGUGGUAUGCAAACUUCAUUUCAUCAGUCGCAAUCGGUCAAUCCAUUCUUUUCGAGUUCUACAUGGAACCAGGGUCUGUACUAUCCCCAAGGGUUAACACCUCAGCAGUUGGCCUCCUUCUACGCUUCUGUUAAUUCGAGUGCAUUAGAUCCUCGACUCAGGCAUUCGGCUGGUCAUACAUCUGGACCUGAAUGCGCUCAACUUGCGGCGCAGCAAACAGGAGGUGAUGAUGUACUAUCUCCACAGGCACAACAGCAACAAGCCAAUUCAUCUCUCAACAGAUAUGCUUCUAGAAACAGCCGGAACAAUCCCAACGGUCUAUCCGGACAAGCACACCUUCCGGUAACCCCUAACGACUCACUGUUUGACCGAACGGCGGCAAAAUUGGAGACCUGUUCAGAAGAUGUUAUCCUCCCACCUAAGAACCCAGUACAUCCUAUGGACGAUAUAAUGUACGUUAGUGCUGCAUACCACUCAGCAGCUGCAAUGGCUGCGGCUGCUGUAGUCGCUCAAGCUGCCGUUGCCAGUGCAAACGCAGUUGGACAGCCCCAACAAGAGCAGCAUAUUCCUUACGCAUCUCAUCAUGUUCUCCACAACACUCCAAAUCGUUCAGCAUCACAUGCUCUGGGAGGCAUCAUCCCAAUUCUAGGCUCAGUGAACGGAGUCUCUGGGACGUCUUCAUCAACUAUCACGUCAAACAGUUUGAAAUCGGUGAAAAACAAGAAACUCACCUCCACAGAAGGUCGUGAAUGCGUUAACUGUGGUGCUACAAGUACUCCACUAUGGCGACGGGAUGGCCAGGGCAACUAUUUGUGCAAUGCAUGUGGCCUAUACCAAAAAAUGAAUGGACAAAAUAGGCCGCUGAUCAAACCAAAACGUCGGCUGCAAUCAUCCAGUCGACGAACCGGCACUAUUUGUUCCAACUGUCGCACAGUGACAACGACGUUGUGGAGGCGAAACACAAACGGAGAACCCGUGUGUAAUGCCUGUGGGCUUUACUUCAAACUGCACAAUGUAAGUCAUCUGAAUUCCCUUUAUAUGAAUAGAAAGAAGGGAUUUCUCAUCCAGCGGCCGAUUUCAAUGAAAAAGGAUGGGAUUCAGACAAGAAAUCGAAAAGUCUCUCAGAAGACCAAGAAGCACAAAUUCGGGUUUUAUUCUGACUUCCCAGAACUAAGCAUGGAUUAUCUUAUGAAAACUCCACUGCAUCGAUUUGGCAAUGCGGCAGCUGCCGUAGCAGUUGCAAAUCGGUUCGGUUAUGGCCAUUCGGGUUUGACCGGCGGGUGCUCUCCACCGUCUGCGGCAGGCUCAGUGAGUGGGCCCAACUACCUCCCAGGAUACAUAAGUGAUAUCUACCCGGCAAACAAUGCGUGUGGUUUGUUAAGUCCAGUUGGUCUGGCCUCUAGUAAUGGUUCUUCACGUGACCAGCCGAAACCCUUCGCAGACGUCUUCAAUUCUAGCUUGGAAGAAUCCCGACAUACGUCGUUGCUUGGUCCUGUCCUACCGUUUGCUUCCGAUCCGUACUCCCAGUUGAAUUCAGCCCUUGCAGAACGACCAAUUCGUGAUCAGCGGGUCAAUUUUAAUUCCUCCGACCAGUACACUUGUGAGAAGUCUAACUAUCGAACUGACUUGUCUGACUGUGCAACAGAUGAAGUGCGACAGAUUCCAAUUUUGCGCAACCGAAAUAUAGAUCCACCUGGUUCUUGGUUGAACGAAAGAAUAAACCAAUCCAUGGACAACCCUCAACGGGGGGAAGUUAGUUCAGAUGGUACCGAGGUAAAUCCACUGCAUGCGCCCCUUUCGUUCUAUCCAAAGGCACAGCAGAUGGCUCUGUUGGGUUAUUCACCCCACUCUUACUACCACAAUCUUGCUAAUGGACAGCCGAAUACCUCAAAGGCACAUUCGGGCGACCAUGAAUCUGUGAUUCCAGUGAGUCAUCCUCAUCAACAAACAAAAUCUUCACCAAGAGUUUCAUCCAGGGACCCUGAGGUGGUCUUGAGUUCCCGAUACGAACCCUCAGGGUAUGGAUAUCAGUCCCACCUAGGCAUGAAUGUUCAUCACAACACCGUGCAGUCAAACUGUGGUACCGUACUUUUAAAUGACCUUCGCAACUGUGACAGCAACCAAAGCAGUACAAGUAGCGGAACACCAAGAUCCGAGACCACAUUACCUGUUGCAGACCACAGCAGUCUUGGGUCGAUGCCUGGUGAUAGACAGCUAUUCCCUGCUGUAUAG